GAGAUACUGAAGAAUUGGGUCCGAAAAAAGAAUGCUACAGAGAAUCAACCGGAGCAACUAAGAAUAUCGACAUUCAUAUUGAGUUGUGCUUACAUGUGGGUCUGUUUGAUCAGAUCACGUGAAAGAGAAAUUGGCAACGACGGUGGCGCCGAUAAGCUUUACCACUUGAAUUUCUUAGCAGAUUGCAGAGAUCGCCUGAAUUUACCUGCAGCAUACUUUGGAAACUGCCUGGAACCUCGCUUCGCAGAAGCGACAGCGAACGAGCUGGUGGGGGAAAAUGGGGUUUUGGUGGCUGCGAAGGCUAUUGGAAGAGAAGUAUCGGAACUGGAUAAAGGAGUGCUGAGAGGGGCGGAGCAGUGGCUAUCUAGGUUCGAGGAAAUAUUCCAGUCUGGUGGCCACCCUGUUUUAGUUGCAGGGUCGCCGAAGUUUCGUGGGUACGAAACGGAUUUCGGAUGGGGGAGGCCGAGGAAGACAGAGGUGGCUCACCUUCGUUCUUCUGGAGCAAUGUCCAUUUCAGAGAAUAGAGGUGAAGGAGGAGGGGUUGAAUUUGGACUGGCUCUUACUCAAGACGAGUUGGAGAGGUUCAAUGUUAUCUUCGAGCAAGGCUGGUUGGAUCUAAGGUAGCACAAAAUAACAGUGAGUAAAGCUCUUGAAUCAGAGAGAAGAGUAUGGAUUGCUAAAAUAAAAGAAGUAAGACAAGUUUGAAUCUUGAGUUGGGUGAGAAGGGGUUUAAGGAAAAGGGAGGGUUAUCCCAAAAGGUAAAAGAAAUAAGAACUUGGAGAUUAGAGCCAUAAAAGUAGAAUGCAGCAUUACAUUUGUAGUUUCUCCCCUAAAGGUAGGAAGAUUUUUGCUUUUCUUUUCUCAAAGACGAAUCCAGUGGCCUUAUUAAACUAAGAAACGAAGAGAGUCAUCAUCUAGGCUUGCACUUUACUGUGUGUGCCUAUUAAACUGCCUGACCUUUCACAUGUUUCUACUAAAAGUAUGAAACUUGAUUCAAGCUUGGUUGAUUUGGUCAAGAGAAUGAAAACAAUAAUUAGAA